UGAUUAAUAUAAUAGGUAGUUUCUAUAUACUGUGGAUAAAUAAACUGUAGACACUCUGUCUAAAAGAUAUAAGUAAUUUCAGUUCUUUUCUUAAAUCAUGCAUGAGGAUUUCACAGUAUCCAUGCGUCUUUUAUGUGCAUGCAUAUAACAUCCGCAUCCAUUGGUUUUGUAAAUAUGCUCUUAUCUUACAAUCAGAGAUCUCCCAAGUACAAGCUCGUUAUAAAAGUAUGAUCAUUCACUGCACAUGGGUUUUAUUUUUCAUAUUAUUUGAUUUAUCUUUGUUUCCUGUUUGAGAGAUGGGCUUCAGACCUCCUCUUCCUCUGUCCUCUUGCUAACUGGCUAUGCCAACAAAAACAGCACCUAAGAAGGCAAAGGGCUUCAGGACUGUAAGUUCAGAGGAAAGUUUACACACUUCGUUUCCAGAUGGCCAUUUAAGUCCGAUCCGUUCGCAAAACGAGACAUUUUGUUGUGGAAUUUUGGCUCAGGUUUUUCAUCUAGACCAAGCAUCUAUUCCUCAGCCCCAGGGAUCAUGGCCAAAGAUGCUGGUCUGAUUGAGGCCAAUGGGGAGCUGAAGGUUUUCAUUGAUCAGAACUUGAGCCCUGGCAAAGGUGUGCUGUCUUUAGUUACAGUGCAUCCACAGUCAGUGACUGUUGGAAAACAGCUCUUGCCAAAAACACUGGGCCCUUCCAACGUGAAUAUCGCUCCACACAUGGUCAUUAGCACACCUCAGAGGCCCAGUGGCUCCAAUGUAAUCCUAAUGAACAGCCCACACACACCCAGCUCUCAGUUUAUCACCCAGAGUCAACCAUCAGAAGCCUCUCCGUGGUCCUCGGGAAAGAGGGGUAAGAAGGGGGAGAAGAACGGGAAAGGCCUCAGACAUUUCUCGAUGAAGGUUUGCGAAAAGGUCCAGCGGAAGGGUGUCACAACCUACAACGAGGUUGCUGAUGAGCUCGUGGCUGAAUUCAGCUCUGGUGAUAAUCAUAUCUCCCCUAAUGAUGCGCAUGUGUAUGACCAGAAGAACAUUCGACGGCGUGUGUACGAUGCACUCAAUGUGCUGAUGGCCAUGAACAUCAUCUCCAAAGAGAAAAAAGAGAUCAAAUGGAUUGGCCUGCCUACAAAUUCUGCUCAGGAGUGCCAGAACCUGGAAGUGGAGAGGCAACGACGUUUGGAGAGAAUCAAACAAAAACAGUCACAACUUCAGGAACUCAUUUUACAGCAAAUUGCCUUCAAGAACCUUGUACAGCGGAACCGCCAGAGAGAACAACAGACGAAAAGGCCCCCACCUGCCAACUCGGUCAUUCACUUGCCAUUUAUCAUCGUAAACACCAGCAAGAAAACAGUCAUUGACUGCAGCAUCUCCAAUGACAAGUUUGAGUACCUCUUCAACUUUGAUAGCAUGUUUGAGAUUCAUGAUGACAUAGAGGUGUUGAAGCGCAUGGGCAUGGCUUGUGGUCUCGAGGUGGGCAAAUGCUCUGCUGAGGACCUGAAGACUGCCAGAAGCUUGGUGCCCAAAGCACUGGAGCCCUAUGUCACAGAAAUGGCACAGGGACCUAUCAAUAAUGUCUACAUGACAACAGGGACUUCGUCUGCUAAUGGAGGCCGCUAUCAUGUUGGGAGUGACGGUGGGGCAGAUGCCACGAUGGCUUCUAGUUCAAAUGACUCCCACUACAGCGGCUCUCGGGUGGAGACUCCCGUCUCUUACAUGGGCGAGGAUGAUGACGACGAUGACGAAUUUGACGAAAACGAUGACGAGGACUAAGCCCAGUCCCCGUUCAGCCUGUCCAUCAUGCACAAGUUCUUCCAGCUGCCAUAUCUGAGGAUUGAUCAACCACAUCGUUCUUUUUCCUCUUCUGCAACUCACCGUUUCUUUCACUCUCUGUCUGAGAAGGGCAUUGAAGAACACAGGCUUUAAUAGGAUGAGUUGUUUUCAUCCUCGUCUUUCUGAGCUCAGGACAAGCCACAUCAUCCCAGGCUGUGUGCUCUGCCUGCUGGAAAUGAUAGUUUUCAGCUGAAGGACUUUGCUGAAGUUUAGAGGUGUCACUUUAUUUUCUGUCGCAGCGUUCAUACUGGAUGUUAUCCGCUCUGAUCUGCGUGACCCUCUGAAACGUUCCCUCCCGAAGAAAACCCCUCUUGCGUACAGCCUUGCGUGCUGUUGGAAAAUAUUGUGUGAUCUCUGUGUGAAGUAGUUCUCUUCUGUUUUUGAAAGAUCUGUUUUUUUUGUUUGUUUGUUUUGAAUGUGCUGGCUUGAUUUGCAUUCUGAUGAUUCGGAGACUAAUGAAUCGAAGAACCUACAAAGCCGGCUGCUAGUUUUUGCCCCAUGGAGGGCAGGUCUUUGGAUGUGUGGACUCUUUUCGUAUGCUGGCCUGAUGAUUUCUUGCAGGCUUUUUUUUGUAGGAUCUCCUCCCGUGUGUGUUCAGCUCCUUGGCGUUCUGCAGAGUGCUGCUUUUUUGGAGGACUCUGAGAAGUCAGUCUUUUUUUGUUUUGUUUGUUCUCUUUUGGUUUCGGAGCUUCAUAGGCCAACCUGUCCUAGAGACACUGGAGGACAUCAGAGAAAAUUCAGUUCCUUAAAGCAGUUAUAGGAAUAUAAAAAUGCUUUGUUUCUUAAUCACAUGAUAUCAGAAUUUGUUUCUAGUGUCCUCUCUCUGCGUCAGUAAUACCUUGAAGCGUGUAAGAUUAUUGUUGUGUAUUAAAAAGAUAUGGACUUUAGGUCUCUAUCGACUUCCCUUUGAAAAUUUCCUUUAAAAAAACAAAACGAAAAACAAACAAAAAAAAACUGAAUCCUUGUACUGACUCCUCAAAGUAACUUUUCUGUAAUCUAAUAUAAGUUUCAAAUUUAAAUAUAAAGAAUGUUUUAAGAAUCCAAACUCGUGUUUAUUUGCGACACUAAUGUUAUACUACUAAUUUCAAUAAACUUUAUUUUAUA